AUGGGGGAGCACGAAAAGGAAUCGAGCCCUGCUGGGGAGACGCUGAUCGACAAGAUCGUGGAGAAGUUGCAUGGUCAUGAUUCGUCGGAUGAUGAGUCGGAGGUUUUGUCUUCCGUCAAGGCCAAGAUCUGGCGCUUCUUCGGCCGCGAGACGCCGAUCCACUCGGUCUUCGGGGGCGGCAAAGGUAAAAACCCUCCUAUGGAUAGAUUUUUUUCUCGCGGAAGAGUCUCUCAACUUUUUCAUGGUGUUGCCUCCGGUUGUUAGUAGCACUUUUGUUUCUGCUUUACCUCCUUGCACUUGAGCAUCUAGGUUGGAUCGGCGCUGUUCGAUGUUUUAGAUUGUCUAUAUUUAAGAUCCAUUGAACUCCGACUUGGUUAACUCCGUUUUUGCUAUUUAUGUUGUCAGUAAAGCUGUGGGAGUUUUGCUUUUCGCUUCAGGAAUUAGGAUGAUGAUUCCUUUUUUUCUUUCUUAUGUUUUCUUUUCUUAGUUAUGACAUCCGGUUCAUUUGAUUUUUACGUCAUCAACUAUUUUCGAGCCUCGUUCUGAGAUGCAACCUCAUGUCUGUGCAAUCCAUAUGUGAAUCGUCUCUACUCUGUUCCAUCAAAAACGUCGCUUGAGAUUCCUCUGAGUUCUUUAUCGUGAUACGUGUGUGAAUGGUUGCAUGUACAGUGGCGGAUUUUUUCCUGUGGAGGAAUAAGAAGUUAACGGCCGGAGUCCUUGCUGGGGCUACAGUGGACUGGGUCCUAUUUGAAUUGCUUGAAUACCACCUGCUCGCGCUAGUGUGCCACGUCCUCAUCUUUUCCUUGGCGAGCCUCUUCCUUUGGAUCAAUGCUACAACAUUCAUCAACAAGUGACCACUGUUCCCUCCCUUUCCCUCUAUCUGAUUGUCUAUGCCUUUUAUCCGAAAAUUAUCUGCUCACGGAUGAGUUUUCUUUAGGUCCCCACCACGCAUUCCGGAGGUCCACAUCCCCGAGGAUCUCGUAGCGGAUAUCGCUCGUUCUCUGAGUGUCGAGAUUAACCAUGCCUCUUCUGUUCUAAGGGACAUAGCAUCAGGAAGAGACCUUAAGAAGUUCCUCGCAGUAUGUUUCCUCCCGCUUGCAUUAACUCUCAAUGUUUUUUGGCUGUGUUGUUUUUACAACUGACGAAUGCCCCUGCGUUCUCAGGUGAUUGCUGGAUUGUGGGCUUUGUCUGUUGUCGGAAGUUGCUUCAAUUUCCUGACGUUGUUUUAUAUAGGUAAUAUUGAUUCCUGGGACCUACGUUAAGAUUCUCCAACUCUCAUUGUUCGAAUUUAUUUUCCCUCUUUCUCAUGGCCUGAUCUUUUAUGUCACAACCAAAAACAGUGUUCGUCUUACUGCUCACCAUUCCAUUCAUUUACGAGAAGUAUGAGGACAAGAUCGAUGCUUUUGGAGAGAAAGCAGUGAUAGAGAUCAAGAAACAGUAUACUGUGUUUGAUGCGAAGGUUCUGAGUAAGAUCCCAAGGGGACCGUUGAAAGACAAGAAGCAUUAG